UGCAGUGGAUUGUCGAGCCCUAUCGGUGAUGCUGCGGAGAGGUUUUGGCAAACUGGAGGAGUCGAGCACUGCUGACGGUGGCGACGGCGCAGAGACUAACGAUCACUCGGGUGCAUCCGCGACCAGUGGGAAGAAGUGCAUCUUGAGGGGGCUAGCUGUGUGCAGCGCUGCGGUGCAGGACCAGGCAAUAGCUCGGGCUCUCGAGAUGCACGGGGAAGGCCUCCAAGUCCUUGACCUCGCCGGCUGCCGCGGUCUGGACACGUCAUUGACGAUGGAGGCGGUGCGGUCGCGGUGCAAACGCCUCGUCGCCUUGGACCUGUCCGGAGGGAGAUCUUUCGAGGGCAAGGGGCGCGGAGAGAUAGGAUGCAACCCUUCCGUGGCGACGCCGAGGUGUGCGGUAGGCGGGACGUCAUUUGAGGGGGAAGUUGGAUUGGGUCUCAACCGGCGUCACCCGAGUUGCAGCCCAUCGGUGGCCAGUCUUUCGAUUCCGGAGAACAACCACCACCGACUGCGUGACUACCAUCUGGUUUCGCUGCUGACCGGGCUUGGCGGCACACUUUUGUCCCUGCAGCUACGGGAUCGGCCGUUCAUAACUGACCACGGAAUCUGGGCCAUCGCAGUCGCUUGCACGCAGCUGCAGGAGUUGGACAUCGGGUGAGCAACCGAGCGUUGAUGCAACAAUCGACCGGGCUAUGUUGUUAUUGGUGAACACACACAAAGUGGUCAGAAUGGUUGUUUGAUUCGAUACUAGGGGGAACGAUUGGCCCCCCACCCCCCAGUGGGGCGGGCGGCCAGUAUGCGUGGGAUGGGUGCGGCGGUUUGAAAGUUAGAGCGACUAGAGGCAAUGACGACACCCGUACGAAAGAAGGGCCAAGAGCGACCAAUCUCGUCGUACGUACGAAGCGUUGGGAGCGAUUCUUGAAACCAAUUGUCCUCUGCUAGCAGUUGCUAGCAGCAUACAAGCGAGGGAAGCAAGAUGUCCACGUCCACACGGCAGCACCAGCAGCAGCAAGUACAGCAGCCGUAGCUGAUUGAUGAUGAAUGAGAGUUGUUUUUCGUUCACGCCAAUCAACAGUCAAAGUCGUUCCCGCGCUGCUACGCAGCAGAGAGGUCUGCAUACACGUGUACAGCAGUGGCAAUGGUGACCUCUGUGUGAUUGUUUAGGCCCCAACCACAUCUAUGUACCGUAUGUAAUUGGGCCCUCUCGGGGGGGUACCUAGGCUUGGCUACCACAUAGAGGCUCAGGCGCACCGUGCACGGCGAGCUGCCCGCAUCGCCACGGAGUCGUUCGCAACUGUGUAUGUCUGUCUGUCUCUGCUGUUGUUCUGAUAAGAUCAAGAUUACGAAUCGCGACGGUGAUUGGAUGAGACACUACGUUGUUCCGCUCGGAACCAACAUAUUUUGUGUUGCGUAGAGAGCGUUUCUGUUUUUUGGUGCGUGUCUUCCAUCAAGCCUACAUGCACCCCGUCAGCCACUGCUAAGUGUAGUGUUUCUUGCACCCACAUCGAUCUUCAUAUCUAUCUCGGACACGCAGCGCGAUUGAUGCGAAUCUGUGGGUCCUUCAAUGCGUGAGAAGCUUUGUCUACCCAUCACCAGUCAAUGCUGUCAAGUUGUUGGAUGUUUCAGGAUUGUUUUUUGAGCGAAGAAAUGGUAUUUGCUUUGAGGGUCGGCGAGUACCUUCCUGUUCACUCUUCGUUCCAUCAUCGGUGUUUUUUUUGUGAGGAACGCGUCAAACACAUCAUCGCAUCAUUUUUCGGGAUAGAUAACAGCUCCAUCUGCUACGUCUGUCUGCGGCAGAUAUUCACAUCUUUCCAGUACCGACCGGUCGCCCCGGUGGUCUAGUGGUAUCCUCGUAUUCCCCUAGUCGCAGAGGUCGUCAGUUCGAAUCCCCACGUGGUGAAAAAUUUACGACAUAUGCGGGUGAAAGCGAAAUAUAGCUAGAAAGCUCUCGUGAGUACCAAACUUCGACGUUAGCACCUUUGCCUAGGGAAAGAUCGUCCCUGGACCCUUCUCGCGAUAAAGAAAAAAAACAGCACGCACCGCAGGAGGAAGGUGGGGCAUGAAAAGAAAUAAAAAGAAGAAAAAAGCCCUGGUAUUUACCCCCUCCUGUGUGACCCUGGAAGGCUGUAGUAAGAAAAAAUACACUGAAAGUGUAGCACUCUACAUACGCUGACAAGUAUAGUACAUCUCACCACGAAAAAUGGGGGGAUUGUCGCCAUACUAAAUAGGACGAAAACACACACACGCACACAACCAGGAAGGAGCAGUCACUUGGUAUGCAUGUGAUACUUCUCAUCAACGUUCGUGUUCACCUUACACGGAGAGCGGCGGAGCAAACGAAGGACGUGGGGGGCGGUAGCCCCGCGUCCUGAGCUCUUGUACUGGUAUACUACCUUCCCUAUAAGACAUGCAUCACGACCACCGAAGAAAAGGACGAAAAUGCUUGGGGUGGACAUGGACAGCUAGACAACUGGAAGGGAGACUUGGGCGAAUCAAAGUCGUUCGCGUAGUUUUCAGCAGCAGCAACAAACCCAUGGCACAUGUUGACGCAAGGUCGCGCGUCAUGGAUGGUGGGGCCCGCACCGAUGGUCCGGCACGCUCUUUUGGACGCUGCUCAUUGUCGUGUAUGUACCGGUCUCGCCUUGGUGGAAUUGCUUGCUAAGAUGAAUACAGCGGUAGACUGUCGUAUGAAACGUAUGGAUGAUGUUGUUCAGAUGAUGUUGCUGCUGUAGAAACACGUAUACUUUCGAAGGGCCGGAAACAGUUCAGAGAAGCAGGAGUAGUUAGAUAUACUACUAUGUGGUUGGGGCCUAAACCAUCACACGGAGGUCACCAUUGCCACGGUACAUGUGUAUGCAGGACUCCCUGCUGUGCAGCAACGCGGGAGGAACGAGUUCGACUGUUGUUUGAUGGUGUGAACAAAAAAUGGCUCUAACCCAUCAUCAAUCAGCUACUACUGCUGUACUUGUUGCUGCUGGUGCUGCCGUGCGGACGUGCAUUUCUACUUCUCUCGCGUAUAUGCUGCUAGCAGAAGGCAUUUAGUUCCAAGAAUCGUUUCCGACGCCUCGUACGUAUGAUGCAUUUGGGCGCACUUGGUAUACAGCAUGUAUAUCCGUCGUCAAUUGUUCGUCUCUGUUUCAGGAGUGGGUGCAUCAACCGAAUGUAUCGGAAACAGUGCAGCUACGAAACACAAUCAUGACUGCGGGUGCCUGUGCUAAGACUUGUCUGCAGCAGCAGCGUUUCACUUGGCCCGGUGGCGUCGCAUUGAAGUGCCCUUCGUUCGGUCGCAAGAGGGAUUCCAUGAAGAUAGUCUAGUUUUCCGUCGAUCCACGACCCACCAAAAACCAAGUUGAGCACCCAUGAAUUUUCCCAAACUAGAACUUCGAAACGUAUGACGACACGACCGCAAUCCUGUGAGUAUAAAUAUAACAUGAUAAGAAUCGUACAAUAUGCGGGAGAAGCGUAGAGAGACACAACGCGCCUCUCACACCCGGGUGAAAAAGGUAGUUGAACACGGCGCCAUGUAUCCAGGGUUGGCUCUAUGUUGACAAGGACACCCCAUCGCUUCGAUUUGCUGCGUCUUCGAAAGUACGAUUGUUGGUGAGAUUGUUGCCAACGUUUCCAGGAACGCCGGCAUGCGCUUGAGUGACGUUAAAAUGCUGGCAAGUAUUGUGUCGAUCUUUUAUCUUCCCCCGCUCGCCUCCGUCAACGUCUGGU